AUGUUGUUGAUAACGCUCUUGACGCAGUUGUUCGCGUGGCUGACGCUUGUGUGGGGUAUCGACCUCGACGUGCUGCUGGAGGAGCUGAUCUGUGCCGCAGCGAAGCUCAUGCAAGACGGGGAGUGGAACUACUACGACGGUUUCAAACCCGGCGGGGUGAUCGGGAUGUUCACCGGCUACUACUGGUGGUCGGCGGGGGAAGCAUUUGGCGGGAUUUUGGACUACUAUACGUGGUGUGACCCCAACAACGAAACCCUUAAGAGCUGGAUCUACGAAGGGAUGUGGCACCAGCGCGGCGAGAACUACGACUACAUCCCGCUGAACCAGCUGAUGACCGAGGGGAACGAUGACCAGGGUGUGUGGGGUUUGGCGAUCAUGGAAGCUGUCGAACGUAACUUCACCGACCCGGAAGAACGGCUGUGGUUGGCGAUGGUCCAGGCGAUCUUCAACACCAUGAACGCUCGGUGGGACACGGAAACGUGUAACGGGGGUUUGAGAUGGCAGAUCUUCACCUGGAACUCCGGCUACGACUAUAAGAACUCGAUUCUGAACGGGUGUUUGUUCCAUUUGGGGGCCCGUCUUGCUCGUUACUUGGGUCCCGAUAGUAACGUUACUAAGAACUAUACCGAUACUUGUGAACGCGUUUGGGACUGGAUGGAAGGUGUUGGUUUUAUGAGAAUCACCGAUGACUUUGACGACCGUGAGAUCUACGACGGGGCUAAAAUCCAAAACAACUGCUCGAUUAACGAAACCACCAAGCUCAGAUGGUCGUACACUUAUGGGAUUUUCAUGAGUGGUUGUGCCUACUUGUAUAACCUCACUGGUGACGAUAAGUGGAAGGACAGAGCCCACUCGAUCAUGCACGCCGGGAUGACCUACUUCGUCGACUCGAAAGGGUUUAUGCAAGAGACGACGUGUGCCCCGCUGAAACGGUGCAAUAACGAUCAACGGUCAUUCAGAUCAUUGUGGCUGCGUGGCUUACAGCUUACGGUGGCGUUGAUCCCUGAAUUUUACGAUACGGUGAUGCCCUACAUCGAGAAGCUGGCGGUGGGGGCGGCCAAGUCGUGCUCUGGUGGUUCUGAUGGCAUCACCUGUGGUAUGGACUGGUCCAUCGGCUCCUGGGAUAACAUGUGGGGUUUGGGUGAGCAGAUGUCGGCGUUGGAAGUGACGCUUGCCAACUUGGUCAACAAGAAGCCGCCGCCGUACACCGCGGCCCGUGGUGGUCUGUCGCAGUCGCAACCCGAUGCUGGGUUGAACGACGUUGACUACACCAACAAGAACGCGAUCAAGAUCGAGACCAAGGACAAGGCCGGCGCCGGUGUCAUCACCGCGAUCGUGUUGCUUGUGCUCUUGGGGGCGUCGAUCUGGAUGCUUAUUUAG